AAUUGUGCGGCCCUAGGUCGCCGUUGCCCCGGUGGUGGUGGUGGGCUCCGGGUGGGCUCACUUCAUUCAGCCCCUGCUGCGAUGCAUCCGCGGCGCCCGGACGGAUUCGAUGGCCUGGGCUACCGGGGUGGUGGCCGGGACGAGCAGGGAUUUGGUGGCGCUUUCCCUGCCAGGUCCUUCACCUCCGGGUCGGACCUAGGCCACUGGGUGACUACUCCCCCAGACAUCCCCGGCAGCCGCAACCUGCACUGGGGAGAGAAAAGCCCGCCCUACGGCGUGCCCUCCGCCUCCACCCCGCACGAGGGCCCCGCGGAGGAACCCUUUCCCGGCGGCUGCAGUACCAGCGUGCAGGGGCAAAGCACUGAACAGUUGAAUAGAUUUGCUGGAUUUGGUAUUGGACUUGCAAGUCUCUUUACAGAAAAUGUACUGGCCCAUCCUUGCAUUGUUCUACGCCGCCAAUGUCAGGUUAAUUACCAUGCUCGGCAUUAUCAUCUCACACCAUUUACAAUCAUCAACAUUAUGUACAGCUUCAAUAAAACUCAGGGACCAAGAGCCCUAUGGAAAGGAAUGGGAAGUACGUUUAUUGUACAGGGAGUCACACUUGGAGCAGAAGGCAUAAUUAGUGAAUUUACACCUUUGCCAAGGGAGAUUUCACAUAAAUGGAAUCCCAAACAAAUAGGUGAACACCUUCUACUGAAAUCCCUAACUUAUAUGGUGGCAAUGCCUUUUUAUUCAGCAAGUUUAAUUGAAACUGUACAGAGUGAGAUAAUUCGAGAUAAUACUGGGAUUUUGGAAUGUGUAAAAGAAGGAAUUGGAAGAGUGAUAGGUUUGGGAGUGCCUCAUAGCAAACGACUCCUUCCACUUCUUUCCCUGGUCUUCCCUACGGUGCUGCAUGGAGUUCUUCACUACAUCAUCAGCUCGAUCAUUCAGAAGUUUGUCCUGCUAAUUCUAAAGAGAAAGACUUACAAUAACCACUUAGCUGAGAGCACUAGCCCUGUGCAGAGUAUGUUGGAUGCUUAUUUUCCAGAACUUAUUGCUAAUUUUGCUGCCAGUCUUUGCUCUGACGUUAUACUUUACCCAUUGGAAACAGUUUUACACCGCCUUCACAUUCAAGGAACACGCACGAUAAUUGACAAUACAGACCUUGGCUACGAAGUACUUCCAAUUAAUACACAGUAUGAGGGAAUGAGAGACUGUAUCAAUACCAUAAAGCAGGAGGAAGGAAUGCUUGGCUUUUAUAAAGGGUUUGGUGCUGUUAUAAUACAGUACACACUGCAUGCAGCUGUCUUACAGAUUACCAAAAUUAUUUACUCAACACUUCUUCAAAAUAGCAUUUGAGAUUUAGGAUCUAUCACUGGUUAGUAUAAAAGACCCAAUCUGGAUAAUUUGCUAUGAAAUUAUGAGGGAUAAAAGUGAAAUACUGGGGGGAAAAUGGACUGGAAAAUGAAACUGGUAGAAAAAGCCCAUGCUGAUUAUAUUGACACUUUUGUGUUUUUUAUUUGUUUGUUUUGUUUUGUUUUGUUUUAAGGCAUAGGUAUAUAUUUUGGAUCAAAACUAUUGAAACUUGAAAACGUAAUAAAAAUAACACUUGUAAGAAUGAAAUUUUAGCUGGUUUAACACUCAUGCUAAAGCAAAAAUGAUACUGGGCAAAAGCAAAAAUUUAUCUUCAAAUAUGUAAAGUGAAAUUUUAUUGAGUUGGAUCUAUCCUAUCUGACCUUAAUAUUUGUUACAGGUUUAUUUUUCCGUCUAGAUUGAUAUUGAUAUAUUGUCCUAAUACAGUGUAUAAUAUCAGAAGGUUGUACCUUUAAACAAAUAAAUUAUGUCUUCAUUGAAUAAGACUAAAGAUUAGAUUUGGCAAUCUGUAAGCAGGAGUUGAAGGGUUUUAAAUCGUAUUUUCCCUAUGUAACUAUUUUAGUGGCUGUAUAUAAUAUAUAAAGCCAUUUCUGUACACAUAUAGAACUUGGAAUUUCCUUCAUCCCUACAAAAUUUUCUACUCAUAGGUCAGCUUGUUGCAUAAAAUACACUUUCUGCUUUAAUAUCAGUAAAACAUCAAAGCCAAGGUACCCAGAAGAUUUUAAUCAAACAUAGCACACUUGUCCGCAUCCAGUGUUUCAGUGCCAGCAACUUAAAAUUUAUCAUAUGUUUAUAAAGUUUGGUUUGCUUGGCUAGUUUUGUGAAUUGUCAGGCUAUUUUUAGGGCAACUUUUAAGAAAUAAUCAUGACAACUAUUAUUCCUUCCAUAUUUACAAAUUGUGUACUCAAAAGGAACCUCAUAAUUUUCAUUUCUGAAUGACUUAUCUUAAACAAAAUUAAAAUUUACCUGGGAAUUUG